AUGCCUGUGUCAGCUCGUCCGAUAUUUGCCAGGCGCCUGACCACGUCGGCUCAAGUCCAUCCACGCUUCCUUCCAUACAUGCACGGCAGCAAGCCCCUACUCCGGGGCCCCCCAAUGCGCCGGUUGCCUGCUUAUAUGGCCGUUGCUUGUAUUGGAUAUGCUGCUGUUAAAUACGGUAACAAGGGGUCAGAAACUGCGGCGACCCAAGACACUCGUCUAUCCGAAGAUCGCGUCGCCCUCUUGGAUGCGUAUGGCGGUCGUGAAAGUCUCGAGGAGCUAGAAAUGGCUUCUCGUAUUUACAGCAUGCAACAACAACAAGGCCGUAAAUAG